GUGGGAGGCGACGGAUCGGUCGACCGACGCCUAGUACCUGCCUUCGCCGAAUAGGGCGCGCAGGCGGAGGGUGUAGGGGUACAAGGCGCCGCCGGCCGAGGGCAUGCUUUGGCCCAGACCGGCGUCAGCACGGGCUCGGCCGAAGCAUCACGGGCAGCCGUCCUGCCGGCCCGCCUCCAGCCCCCGACUGAAAGACAAAGGAGUGUCCUGCUCUUCCAAGGUUCAAAUGGCAUGGUGUCACUGUCCGACUCCCGAGCCGAGACGAAGCUGCCAAGCGCCAGUUAAGGCGGAAGAAAAAGAGGCAUCCCCCGAUGCGAAUGUGCCGGCACAGGGGGAGGUCCUGCCUUCCCAGGAUACUUCGCCCCAGGUUCCACCAAUCCUCACUGUUCGCCUCCCCUUGACUCUUGAUUGAUUUUUCUCAGCUCACGAUUCGGUUCCAAGAUAGCAAUAUAGUCCAGUUGCACAUGGUGGCUUUUGUAUGAUUAGCACUGCCGCGCUGAUGCAUAUGUAUAGUUGGGGAAUUUAGUUGAAUUUCGAGAUCUUUAGCUGUUUCGUGCCUAGAACAGAACAGGGGGAGGGGGGUUUGGGGGAGAAUGUCUGGUGGGCUCAAGAACAAGAAGAAGAAGGGCCACGAGUGGGAUUUGAACGACUGGAGAUGGGACGGCAACCUCUUCCUGGCCACGCCGUCGCCAAACGCGGACGCUCCGUCAGGGUGCGGCAGCAGGGAGCUUGGGCUAGCAGAGGAGGGGGGCAGUUUUGGUGCUGCUGCUGCUGACAAGAGGAGGAGGAGGAAGAGAGUCACCACAGUGGAUAACCCCGAGGAGUGCAGCAACACUGCGAUUCUUCAUCAUGAAAGGAUUGCUGUUCGGAGAGGACAGAUGGGCGAAGAAGAGGGACCUGCCAGUGCAACAGCAGGUGCAUCUUCCAGCUCUGCUCCAUCUUGCCAAGUCGACGGCUGCCACGCGGACCUCGGCGACGAUAGGGACUACCACAGGAGGCACAAGGUGUGCGAACCGCAUACCAAGUCGACUCUUGUUCGUAUCAAAAACAUCGAGCAUCGGUUUUGCCAGCAGUGCAGCAGGUUUCACCUUGUUCAAGAAUUUGAUGAAGGGAAGAAGAGCUGCCGCUCACGUCUGGCAACACAUAAUAGAAGGAGGAGGAAAGCCCCAGCUGAGGCUGUUAAUUCCUUGGGUGAAAAUCAGUCCUUAACCAACACCUUACUCCUCUUGUUGAGACAACUCGCUGGACAAGAUUCUGCUGCUAGCUCAUCUGAGCAAAUCAAUGGUCCCAAUCUUUUGGUUAGUCUUUUGAAGAACCUUGCUGCUGUUGCUGGCACACAGGCAUGUCAAGAUAUGCUAAAGGAUGCAACCUCAUCAAAUGCUGGUAACUAUGUUGGGAAUCAAAGUGGACCACCAGUUCAUGCAGAAGAGCCUCCUGUGAAAAGACGUGCGCAAAAUUUUGAUCUAAAUGAUGCUUAUGUCGAGGAAGAUGAGAGCCGAACAGAUAAAAUUGUCUUCAAGCUUUUUGGUAAACAGCCAAAUGAUUUUCCUGCGGAUCUACGUGCACAGAUCCUAAACUGGCUGUCACAUUAUCCUAGUGACAUGGAGAGCUAUAUCAGGCCUGGUUGUGUAAUUCUAACUAUUUACCUUCGUCUUCCUAACUGGAUGUGGGAUAAGCUUAAUGUCGAUCCAGCUCCUUGGAUAGAAAAUCUCAUUAGCAUAUCCACAAAUGGUUUCUGGGAGACAGGAUGGCUGUAUGCUAGGGUGCAGGACCGCCUCACAUUAAGCUGCAAUGGCAGGCUUAUGUUAGUGUCUCCCUGGCAACCUGUAAUAGGUGACAAGCAUCAGAUACUGUGUGUAACUCCUAUUGCGGCUGCCUAUAAUUCGACGGCAAAGUUCUCAGUGAGAGGCUUCAACAUAGUUCAACCAACCACAAAAUUACUCUGUAUAUUUGAUGGGAAAUAUUUAGUCCAAGAAGCAACACAAAAACUACAUGAUGAUACUAGGAUUCAGCAAGGCCCUAAAUGUCUGACCUUUUCUUGCUCCUUCCCUAGUACAAGUGGAAGGGGGUUCAUAGAGGUUGAAGAUUAUGAUCAGAGCAGCAUUUGCUUCCCCUUUGUUGUCGCCAAAGAAUCUAUAUGUUGUGAGAUUAGAAUGUUGGAGGAAAAACUGAAUAUAAUUGCAUUUGGUGAUGCCUUGGAAGGAAGAGAAGAUCUGAUGGCUUCUCGCAGCCAAGCCUUAAAGUUUCUACAUGAAAUAGGGUGGCUUCUCCAAAGGAGCGACACACGAGCUACAUCAUCCAAGGCUCCGCAACAACAUCAUGCGGUGGGCUUUUCUGCUGCAAGAUUUAGGUGGCUCCUGUCCUUUGCGGUUGAUCAGGAAUGGUGCGGCGUGGUAAAGAUGCUGCUGGACACCUUGUUCCAGGGCAAUAUCGAUGUCGCCUCACCAGUUGAGUUUGUCCUGGGAGAGAGCUUAGUAUUCGCAGCUGUCAACAAGCGGUCGAAGCCUUUGGUUGCCUGCCUAUUGAGAUACACAACGAAAUCUGCACCGGUGGGCGGUGGAGCCGUGGCCACACCAGCCCAGUUCUUGUUCACGCCUGACAUGAUUGGUCCAUCGGAUAUUACACCUCUCCAUGUUGCAGCUACCAUCACUAAUGCUGCUGCCGUUUUGGAUGCUCUGACUGAUGAUCCCCAACAGCUGGGGAUCAAAACGUGGAAGAAUGCCCGCGAUGCUACUGGGUACACUCCAGAGGAUUGCGCCCGGCGGAGAGGACAAACCUCCUACAUCCAGAUGGUCCAGAACAAAAUCAACAGCAGGUUACCUGCAGCCCAUGUGUCUGUUCCCAUGACCACCACUGGUACCGCCGCAGAAGCAGGUCGGCCGAGAUCAACUGAUCAGACCGUAUUUGAAUUCGAGAAAAGCCCACCGGGAUGCAGACAGUGUGUCCAGCUCCAGCACAUUGCCUACCGGCCCUGCCCAAACAGGUUCUUGUCGAACAGGCCUGUGGUGCUAUCCCUGGUCGCCAUUGCCGCUGUCUGUGUCUGCGUAGGGUUGAUAAUGCAGAGCCCGCCGGUCGUCCGCGGUGUGCCAGGCCCUUUUCUCUGGAAUCACAUCCGUUGGGGACCCACUUGAAACGGCCAGUCGGCUGCAGGUUCUGCUAUAGUCUGUGUACUCGAGAGUGAGGAUGCUUGUGAUGGACCAAAGUGCAAAUUAUGUA